GUUAGUUGAUACUUAGAGGUCAGCUACAAUCGUAAGAAUGUUGUGUUCCCGCACAACCGCCCCUCGGGGAUUCGGGAAGGCAGCCCUUGCUCUGCCCUCCCGCGCUUCCAUCAAAUGCCGGGCUGUGCAAGGCUCUGAUCAGCAGCAGGUGGUGAGUGCGCCCGUUGAAGCGGUCGCAGCGCCCGUGCCUGUGCCGGUCGCGGGUGCGCCGCUGCCCCAGGAGACGACCGCGACGUAUCCGAUGCCGCCUCCGGCGCCCUACUACCCGGGUAUGCCCGCGGACGCUGCUGCACGCCAGCAAUACUACAUGGCGGCCCCCGCUGCCGCCUACUAUCCUCCUCCUCCGGCUCCCUACAAGGAGGAGCCUGCCUCGACUGGCGCUCCUUGGUGGAUUUGGCUCGGCGCGGGUGUGAUUCUGGGUCAGGUCCUUGCUAAGGUCCAGGAGUAUAUGAAGAACCCAAAGACGCCGCAGCAGAUAAUGAUGGAGAUGGCCAUGAAGCAGAUGUCUGGCGCUAUGGGCUCGCCGCCUGGAGGGGCGGGAAUGCCUCCGUUCGGCGGCCCCGGCAGCCCCUUUGGCGGCGCCGCGCCCGGCGCCAACCCCUUCGCCGGCGCCGCCCCGGGCGCCAACCCCUUCGCCAACUUCGCGGCUGCUGCGGCGGCGGGUCCCUCCACCGUGGACACCACCGCCUCUCCUGCCUUCGCGGGCGCCAGCAGCAGCGGUGCCAGCAGCAGUGAGCGCAAGGGCGAGAAGUUCGCAUCGCGCCUCAACAGCGAGGGCCGCGAGCCCCGCAAGCCGGAGCCGGCGCCUGCGGCAGCAGCGGCUGGCGCCGCCGCGGCGGCGUCCAGCGCCACCAAGCCGCUUGAUGUCGUGGAGCCGGUGGUGAAGGAGCCCUCCAGCAGCGGCAGCAGCUCGGGCGCCAGCAGCAGCGGCCGCUCGUCGUUCUUUGCGGACGUGGACGCCGAGGCCAGCAGCCGGGCCGGGGGCACCAGCAGCAGCAGCGGGUCAGGAGCAGCGCCUCAGGACACGGGCGUGAUGACGGACAUGAUGGAGAGCAUGCUGCGCAACCCGGAGAUGCAGAAGAUGCUGUACCCCUACCUGCCGGAGCCCAUGCGCAACCCGCAGUCCAUCGAGUGGAUGCUGUCCAACCCCGAGGUCAAGAAGCAGAUGGAGCAGAUGUUCGCCAGCCAGAACGUGAUGUCUCCCCAGAUGAUGGACAUGAUGAAGGGCAUGGACUUCAACCAGGACAAGGUCAACAAGCAGUUCGCCGAGCUGGGCCUGAAGCCGGAGGACGUGAUCAGCAAGGUCAUGGCCAACCCCGACCUGGCGGCGGGCUUCUCCAACCCCAAGGUGCAGGCGGCCAUCAUGGACAUCUCCCAGAACCCCAUGAACAUCGUGAAGUACCAGACCGACCCCGAGAUUAUGAAGGUGCUGGAGAAGGUGACAGAGAUCUUCCAGCCCCAGAUGGGCGGCCAGAAGUAAUUAAACAACAGCCGGCCAGGAGCAGAGCGGGGCCUCGCGCGGAGCGGCGCAGUGGCUACCCGCGCGCAGCGGGUUGAGGUGUGACCCUCGUUCUGACAGAUGACGUGGCGACGCGGUGAUUGAUUGCAGGUUGAGGUGUUGAAGGGUGAGAAAGUAAGGCAGGAGGGGUGGUCGGCAGAAGGGGCGGAUAGCUAUCCGGAAGUGGCGGUUGUCCCGCGCGUGAUGCAUAGUUGCAGAGGCCGGGCUUGGCUGGAACGGCCGGAAAUGUAUUUCGAAAUACACGAAUAGUCGCAAUGGAUGAUAGAGAAGGAGGCAGAUGCGAGGCUAGCGUCUGAACACCGCGAAUGCCCUGUGUAGCUGUGAUCAUCACAAGCUGCGUGUGCCCUGCUGUACUGAUGCGUAGGCGCAAAAGUGCGCAUGUGCCAGGGGCCAUGGAAUGGACUCGGGAGAGGCCGAAGGCUGUAAGCACCAUGGCAA